GUUAAUCCUCCUUAGAAUAGAACGAAGCUUGUAAAGGCUUAGUCUGUAAAAUAGAACUCGAGGUGUAUAAUUAUGCAAAUAAUUGUAUAGUAACUUCUCUAGUGCAACCUUUUUCUUCUGCAUUGAGCCUUUUUAGUUUUUUUUUUUGUAAUAUGAUAUUAGAAAAGACAAAGUGAUUUUUUCUGGUGAAAUAAAAUUUCCAUUGGAUAAGGAAUGUACCAAAAGUUAUCAUUAAAUCAUAAAUCUUUUCCUCUCUUGGGAUUUGAUGGCUGGUAUUUUCAAAAUUAAGAGGUUGCAAAUGUCCGUCACGCCAACAGUACCAAACAUAGUGUGCUUAAUUUGUGUCUUAACUCUAAAAUUCAUCUCAUCAGUUUCAAGUCAGUGUUCUGGUUCAGCUUUAACAUUAACAGCAACAGAUGAUCUGACAACAGUGACCUCUGAUGGAUAUAGUUCCGGUUCAUAUGCCAAUGACUUAUCAUGUUCGUGGUUAAUAGACAGUGGAAGUUCAUCAGAAACUGUUAUCAUCUUCAUCACCCAUUAUGACAUCGACGCAUCCGAUACAAUUGAUAUUUACGACGGAUUUUCUACAAGCAAUUCAUCACUCAAGUCUGGUCUUACUGGUACCGGAAACGAUAAAGAGUUUUUGACGACGGGUCAGUACGCGCUUGUUGUAUUAACCACUGACUCAUCCGGACAAGCACAAGGAUUUUCUUUGCAAUAUCUGAAAGCCGCAGACUUGUCUGGCACAGGUUGUACAGCAGAACAAACGAUCACUGCGACUAGCACAGAACAGUAUUUAACAUCGCCAGCAUUCCCUAGCAGCUAUACGGGAAAUUCUAAUUGUCGGUGGUUAAUUGAAGCAACUGAGGGAACAGUUUAUUUUGAAUUACUAUUGAGUGAUAUUGAAUCGUCCCCAAACUGUGGAUUUGAUUACCUUAAAAUAUAUGACAGUUCCUAUGUUUGUGAACAUACUUUAACAGUAGAUGCCUGCACCAGAUAUCCAGACGGAACAACGGCGACAUACACCAGUAACGGUACAAGUGUUUUACUCUUGUUUGUUUCGGAUGCUACAGUAGGAUUCAAAGGUUUUAAACUCAAAUUUUCUGCAGUAUCUUCAACGACAACAGUAUCGACUCAAACAGCAGCAUCUGAGGAAACAGGUUUUGCUCUUGGAAUGGGCGUUGGCGUAGCCACAGGCGUCGUUUCAACACUAUUGGUUAUUGGAAUAAUUCAGAUAAUUAAAAGCAGACUUCAAGCGUCUAAGCUAGGUUCACCACGGGUAAGAAACGUUCUUCCACUGCAAACUCCAACAAGUUUCGGAGGAAAAACCCCAACUCAGAAUGGACAUCUGCCAAAUGGCCAUUUUUUAAAAAACGGUGAUAUUCCGGGAAAUCAAAGAUUUUCAGUGACAAGUUCAAUAUCUUCUUCGGGAAAUUCCUCCAGAAACGGGAGAACUCCUUCAACAGGACACAGUUCUCCAGUUCAUUCAGAUACGCAAAAUAGAAAUAAUAAUAAUUAUAAAAGAAACGGUGUAUUACCCACAAAUAUCGGACAUGUUUAAUUCUUAAUAAUAUGUUUACUGGUCAAGAAAAUCUGAAAGAGAAUAGAAUGUACAGAAAAACGGCAUGUUGAGAAUUGUUGUAUGCAUCAUAAUAUGAUUAAGUGAAUUCGACUAUAUUUUGUUAUAGUUAUUAUAGGUCGUAUUUCUAUUCAGUUGUUACAAGUUUUCCUUUUAUUUUUUUUAAUAGUUUUGUAAUAAGUUAUGUUCAUAUAUACUACAAAGAUAUUUGAUAUAAUACUGAACAAAAAAACUGUCAACGAAGUAACUAACAUUUUUCGUUCUUGUUCAGUUAAAUCAUUGUAUAACAGUUCACAAUUAUUGUAAAAACUACAGAUUCUUUUUAUUUGUUAAUCGCAGCAACGUUUUCAUUGGUUGUAUUUCAUUCAGGUGAGCCAAGAUGAUGUUGAAGUCGAUUGUGAGUCAAGGUAACGGUGAUGCAGAUAAUAAUUUGCACGUUCAAAUAACGCAUAUUACAAAUUUUGUUUUCUGGACGAUAUUUUACUAAUUUUUCUGAUCUAAUGAAAAUUACUUCACACGUAAUAUCUUGUGAUCUUUUGUUCCUAUAAAACAAAUCAUUGUAUUGUCACUAUGAGCACUUUGUUAGUAGGACAAAGCAGACAAGCCGUUAUUGGUCUGUGGCUAUCUUUUUUGAAUUGCAAAUCUAAUCACAAGAAAAUGCAAUCUGGUUAAGAUACAGAUCCUGUGUCUAAGCUUUGCUUACAAGGAUCUGACAACGCUCCGUUCUACUUUCUGUUUAAAAAAACUCUCGAGAUCUUCUGGUUUUGUCGGUUUAAUACACGCCUUCAAAAAUUUGAAAGAUGAAAUUUCAUUGGCUGAUGAAAUAAUUACAAGAAUAGAAAGUAAAGCGGAGUCUUGUCAAAUCAUUGUUUGUAAACAGGAUCUGCAUUUUAAUCAGAUAGAAGGAAAUGUUACGCUCACUGAUCAAACUCUCUAAAAAAGUGUAACACCAACCUUUUUUUGACUGUAAAACUUUGUAGGAUAGCUGUUUUCAAUUCAUUUAUGUAUUGAUGAUAGGCUUGUGAUCGAAAAAAUUCACUUCCGAGAAAACUGUAAUAACGAUAAUUUUUCAAUUAAAUCCGUUGAUUGGUAUUGAUUGUUUAAAUUUUAUUUGUUAUCAUUUUCACUUGAUUUAAAUUUUACAUUGAGACAUAUAUGAUAUAUUCAAUAAUGAUUGAAUUAUCUUAUGAUAAUUUGAAUUUAGGUAACAGAAAAGCUAAUGUUUUGUGUAAUUUUUCCAUUUUCCACGCUGUGUUAUUCAAGAAGAAUAAUUAUAAGAAAAAAUGCAUGAAAUAAAAUUUCAACAUCUUAUUUAUUCGCAUGUUAAAUGAAUGUAAAAUUGUAUAAUUGUGCUACGUUAAAAAGUUAAGUAUAUAAGCAUGUUUAAGAAAAUGUAAUAACAAGAUUUUCCCUGUAUCGAGGUUAAAUCCAUUAACGUCAUUAAAUCCAUUAAGAGUUUGUAAAAAAUCAUAGUUGAUUGCUCUUCAAAUUCAUUAUCAAAAUCAAAAGAAAACAUUGAACAAAAAUUAUCAUGUAUUUUGAACCCAAAGUUGUAGAUAUUCAAAAAAGACUUGAGUUUAAAUAAUAUGAGGUUUGAACACUACUUCAGCCUACAUUUAUUCAAAUCUAAUUUAGUAUGGUGAUAAUGGUAAUACUUAACCUCGAUACAUCUCUUGACCAAGUAAACAUUGGAGGAAGAAUAUCACUGCCGGGCUGUUGCAAUGUUUCAUAAUCAUUUUGUAUAUAUUGUCAUUAUAUCUUUUUUGUAAAUUGUUAACUGUAUAUAUAUAAAUGUUAUGACGUUAUAUCUAAAAAAAUUCAAAUUAUGUCAUUAGGGUAUUUUCUUCGAUAAGCUUUAAUAAAAAUGUUAUUCUUCAAA